UGUAGCAACAAGACUCGUUUUUCGAAUUUUAAUAUUUUUAAGGAACUAAAGUGACGCAUAAAAUUGAGUGACAAGUUCGAGAAAGUGUUUCAGAAUGUGAAAUGAAAGCCAGACCAGAAACGUUACAACCUCUAAUAAUCUACGGCAACCCACUGACCCCAAGAACAAGACGGGAAAUGAGUGAUCUUCAACACUAUCCAAGACUUCCUCCCAUUCGACCAGAUACAGCCGAUUCAGAGGACGGUGAACUAUCAACCGAAGCAAAUCAGGAAGUGACGCAUGAUGGCGAUAUAGCACUAGAUUUAGGCGAUAUUGACGUUGCAUGUAUAACGGAGAGAGGCACAGUUGGUUUGGAGUUCGGAAAUGAAAAUGACCGUCUGCAGGUUGCGUACACUCCCAUAGACAAUUUCCCAGGAGCAGGUACCAACGUGUCCACGGGUUUAGAGCCCUCUCCCCGUUCAGGCUCUCAAAACCCAACGCUUAUAAACGGGGUUAUACCUACAAGUAACAGUUCAGAAGAUGCUGAGGAAACGAGGGUGUUGAGUACACUGGAGGAGAUCGAGAGUCCACAAAGUGAGAUAGGUGAUUUACGAAAUAACGAUGCGCUCAACAGGAAUGUUACUAAAAGGCGUCCACCCUUCACAUCACCUGGGUUUAACUUGUCGACUGGUGUCGGCGUCAUGAGCUCUGAUGAUCGAAGAAAGAUACAUGGAAUGGAUAAAAAUAAUCCAACAGCUAUCCUCGAGUUUUCUGAAGACGAGGAAUCAACACUCGUUAAAGACUCCACCCUGGACGGGAAAAAAGUCGACGAAGAGCUCACAGAUGUAGCAAAAAAACAGCAAAACAUUUCAAAAGCUCCAGAGAUCAUCCUAACCACACCUUCUAUCGACAUAGAAGGUACCCAUUCACCUACAACAGAACAAGGAAAUGUUUCCCAAUAUGGCGGUGAGGGACAGAAGCCAAAUGAUGACUUUACUAAAACUGAUGACGUAGCAAGGCAACGUCAUGACGUUAUAUCCGAAAAAGAUGACGUCUUAUCCAAAAAUCAUGACGGUUUAGUCAAAGAUGUUACUGAUACCGGUGAUGAAUAUGAGAUCAGCUGCGACGAUGAGAGUGUUUAUACCACAGAUCCUUUGGACUAUGACGAUGACGAUUCAGAUGAUAAUUUGCUGACACUCGAAGAACAAGAAGAACAACAUCUGUGGGAUCUAGAAUUCGAAAAGAGAAAAGAUGAACUUGUUCGGGAGCAACAGAAAGUUGAGACAAGAAGGGCAGACUAUCUGAGCAAGUUGAACAGCCUGACGGACAGAUGGAAUGGUAUUGAAGCUCGUCUUGAAAAUAGACAAGUUGAAAAACGUCAUCAGUUAUAUGAGCAGCUUCAACAACUCGUUAUCAUGCAUAAACGAAAUUAAAUUAAAUUUGUUUU